AUGGAUGACUCCACAGAGAGGGAGCAGUUACGCCUCUCUUGCUUUAAGAAAAGAGAAGAAAUGAAACUCAAGGAGUGUGUUUUCAUCCUCCCCCAGAAGGAAAGCCCCUCUGCUUGGUUCUCUAAAGAUGGAAAACUCCUCUCAGUGACCUUGCUGCUGACCCUGCUGUCCUCCUGUCUGACAGUGGUGUCUUUCUACCGAGUGGCCACCCUGCAAGCAGAACUUCUGAGCCUCCGGGCGGAACUGCGGUCCUAUCAAGCUGAGCCGCUGCCAGCAUCUCCCCAGGCAGAAGCAGGAGCCUCCACCGCAGUGCUGAGGGAGACUCCAGCUGUCACCCCUGGAAUGCGAAGCCUCCUUGAACCAGGAGCAUCAGGAGAAAUCAACUCCGGGCAAAGCAAUAGGAGUAAACGUGCUCUUCAGAGUCUAGAAGAACCAGUCACUCAAGACUGCUUGCAACUGAUUGCAGACAAUGAAACGCCCACUAUACAAAAAGGAUCUUUCACAUUUGUUCCGUGGCUUCUAAGCUUUAAAAAAGGAAAAGCCUUAGAAGAAAAAGAAAAUAAAAUAUUGGUUAAAGAGACUGGUUACUUCUUUAUAUAUGGACAGGUUUUAUAUACAGAUAACACUUUUGCAAUGGGACAUUUAAUACAGAGGAAAAAAGUCCAUGUCUUUGGAGAUGAAUUGAGUCUCGUGACUUUGUUCCGAUGUAUUCAAAACAUGCCUGAAAAACUACCCAAUAAUUCCUGUUAUUCAGCUGGCAUUGCAAAGCUGGAAGAAGGAGAUGAACUUCAACUUGCAAUACCACGAGAAAACGCUCAAAUAUCACAGGAUGGAGAUGGCACAUUUUUUGGUGCUUUGAAGCUUCUCUGA